AUUUGAUGCAAGCAAACAAAACACGAGGGGAAGGAGGGGCUACUAGAUUAUAAAGACCCUUUCCCUCAUUCUAGGUGGUAUUGGUAUCUUCAAUAAAAAUCUCUCAUUCUACUCUACCAUCUCUAUCACCAUCUCACUCAUCAUAAUGGCCAACGAACAACGUGUUCCUCUCCGUCUGGGCUCUACUGCCCCUAACUUCCAGGCUCAGACCUCCAACGGUCCCAUCGACUUCCACGAGUUCAUUGGCGACAGCUGGGCUGUUCUCUUCUCUCACCCUGAUGACUUCACUCCCAUCUGCACCACCGAACUCGGUGCUUUCGCCAAGCUCGAGCCUGAAUUCGCUCGCCUCGGCGUCAAGCUCAUCGGUUUGAGUGCCAACACUGUCGACUCCCACCACGUCUGGAUCAAGGAUAUCGACGAGGUCACCGGCUCCAACCUCACGUUCCCUAUUAUUGCCGAUGCGGACCGCAAGGUUGCUUAUCUCUAUGAUAUGCUUGACUACGAUGACAUUACCAACGUUGACCAGAAGGGUCUCCCCUUCACCGUCCGUACCGUCUUCGUGAUCGACCCCAAGAAGAAGAUUCGUCUCACUUUGGCCUACCCCGCCUCCACUGGUCGUAACACCGCCGAGAUCCUCCGUGUUGUCCAGGCUCUUCAGACCACUGACAAGAAGGGCGUCACCACCCCCAUCAACUGGCUCCCUGGUGACGAUGUCGUCGUUCCUCCUACCGUCUCUACCGAGGAUGCCAAGAAGAAGUUUGGCGAAAUUCGUGAAGUCAAGCCUUACCUCCGAUUCACCAACGUUGGCAAGGACUAAAUCUGCCGUGUUGGGAGUGAUGUUGGGUGGCUGUACGAGAACCGGAUGUUUCCAGAUAUUCUAAUGUCGCCUUUGUGAUGCCCUUAUGAUACCGAACAAGAUUAGGUAGAUCUUGAAUGAAUUUGAUACCUCAAUAUGCAUCGCCAGAAAAACAAGUAUAUUCUGCUCU